CAACAAGGGUAUAUAACCCUGGAGCUGGAGCCGCCUGGACACGAGGAAUUCGCCCACGCAGAAGGCACAGUGUCCCGAGGCUCCAGGGUUAUGAGAUCGUCACUGCUCAGGACAUUCUAACAACAGGAAGUGGAAACAUGACCAAAUCAUACAGCGAGAGUGGACUUAUGGGCGAGCCUCAGCCCCAAGGUCCCCCAAGCUGGACAGAUGAGUGUCUUAGUUCUCAGGACGAGGAACAUGAGGCAGACAAGAAGGAGGACGAGCUCGAAGCCAUGAAUGCAGAAGAGGACUCUCUGAGAAACGGAGGAGAGGAGGAGGAUGAAGAUGAGGACCUGGAAGAGGAGGAGGAGGAAGAGGAAGAAGAUGAUCAAAAGCCCAAGAGACGGGGCCCCAAAAAGAAAAAGAUGACCAAGGCGCGCCUAGAGCGAUUUAAAUUAAGGCGCAUGAAGGCCAACGCCCGUGAACGGAACCGCAUGCACGGGCUGAACGCAGCGCUGGACAACUUGCGCAAGGUGGUACCCUGCUACUCCAAGACCCAGAAGCUGUCCAAGAUCGAGACACUGCGUUUGGCCAAAAACUACAUUUGGGCUCUAUCCGAGAUCCUGCGCUCAGGCAAAAGCCCUGACCUGGUCUCCUUCGUCCAAACGCUCUGCAAAGGUUUGUCCCAGCCCACCACCAACCUGGUCGCUGGCUGCCUGCAACUCAAUCCCCGGACUUUCCUGCCCGAACAGAACCCUGACAUGCCUCCGCAUCUGCCCACAGCCAGCGCUUCCUUCCCAGUACACCCCUACUCCUACCAGUCCCCAGGGCUACCGAGCCCUCCCUAUGGCACCAUGGACAGCUCCCACGUCUUCCACGUCAAGCCGCCGCCACACACAUACAGUGGGGCUCUGGAACCCUUCUUUGAAAGCCCCCUGACUGAUUGUACCAGCCCUUCCUUUGACGGACCUCUCAGCCCGCCGCUCAGCAUCAAUGGCAACUUCUCUUUCAAACACGAACCAUCCGCCGAGUUUGAAAAAAAUUACGCCUUUACCAUGCACUACCCUGCAGCGACCCUGGCAGGGCCCCAAAGCCACGGAUCAAUCUUCUCGGGUCCCGCUGCCCCUCGCUGCGAGAUCCCCAUAGACAAUAUUAUGUCUUUCGAUAGCCAUUCGCAUCAUGAGCGAGUCAUGAGUGCCCAGCUCAAUGCCAUCUUUCACGAUUAGAGGCACGUCAGUUUCACCAUUCCCGGGAAACGAACCCACUGUGCUUACAGUGACUGUCGUGUUUACAGAAGGCAGCCUUUUUGCUACGAUUUCUGCAAAGUGCAAAUACUCGAAGCUUCAAGUGAUAUAUGUAUUUAUUGUUGUUACUGCCUUUGGAAGAAACAGGGGAUCAAAGCUCCUGUUCACCUUAUGUAUUGUUUUCUAUAGCUCUUCUAUUUUAAAAAAAUAAUAACAGUAAAGUAAAAAAGAAAAUGUGUACCAUGAAUUUCGUGUAGCUGUAUUCAGAUCAUAUUAAUUAUCUGAUCGGGAUAAAAAAAAUCACAAGCAAUAAUUAGGAUCUAUGCAAUUUUUAAACUAGUAAUGGGCCAAUUAAAAUAUAUAUAAAUAUAUAUUUUUCAACCAGCAUUUUACUACUUGUUACCUUUCCCAUGCUGAAUUAUUUUGUUGUGAUUUUGUACAGAAUUUUUAAUGACUUUUUAUAACGUGGAUUUCCUAUUUUAAAACCAUGCAGCUUCAUCAAUUUUUAUACAUAUCAGAAAAGUAGAAUUAUAUCUAAUUUAUACAAAAUAAUUUAACUAAUUUAAACCAGCAGAAAAGUGCUUAGAAAGUUAUUGCGUUGCCUUAGCACUUCUUUCUUCUCUAAUUGUAAAAAAAAAAAAAAACAAAAAACAAAA